CUGAAAGGAGAAGAUGAGGAAAGAGAACAUCUACAUCAAAGAGACGUCACUGGAUGUAAGAGGUUCAUUGUACCACUUCUGAAGGCAAUCUUCCCCCGUCGGCUGUCAUAGAAGCACAUGAUCUGUAAGUUCACAAGCCAUGCCAGCACGUCCUGCCCACUUCCACUCAGCUGACAGAGGAGAGGGGCCGUGUUCCAAGACCAGGCACAAGAGCUAAAAUUAAAGAAGAGCAGGCCAUGAAAACGUUCAUUGUUGGAAUUGGCGGUGUGACAAAUGGGGGGAAAACGACACUUGCCAACAAUCUUCUGAAAAUAAUUCCCAACUGCAGUCUAAUCAGCCAGGACAACUAUUUCAAGCCCGAGGCAGAAGUUGCAACAGAUGAAAGAGGAUUCAAACAGUUUGAUGUGCUUGAGGCCUUAGAAAUGGAAGCGAUGAUGUCAGAUGUACAUUCAUGGCUCACACAGCAUAAAGGAACUGAACAACCAAAAACACCACAAGAAACCUGUGAAACCUCUGUACACUUUUUGAUAAUUGAAGGUUUUCUCCUGUACCACUACAAGCAUUUGGACGAUGUGUUUGACCAAAGGUAUUUUCUAACUGUUCCAUAUGAGGAAUGUAAGAAGAGGAGAAGCACACGGGUUUACGACCCACCAGAUCCUCCAGGAUAUUUUGAUGGACAUGUAUGGCCCAUGUAUUUAAAGCACAGAGAAGAAAUGGACACGCUCCAAAGAGAAAUAGUUUUCUUAGAUGGCACUAAGACAGAAGAGGAAAUUCUCUGUUAUGUGUAUUCUGACAUUAGAAGAGUUGCUCUUAACUGUCCUUCCUAAGAAGCUUCUGCAGAAUUCAAGACCAACAGACACAAAAAAGUGUGUAAAGAAGAGGCAAUGGUUUAUGUUCGUUAAAGCUACACCGUGACUUUUGUUGCCUGGUUUUUGGUCGCACAUGGACAUGUCCUUUUUUUACCUAGUCUCAAAAUAUAUAGUCAGACACAUCUCCCAAUGAAAUGAAUCAAAUGCAACUGAAUGCCUGAGGUCACAUGACAAGCUUGAGGGUCACAUGACUGACGCCAUCUUUAGUUCUAUUCAGAUCUCCUAUGAGUGGAUUACACAGGAGUACAAUCGGCCGUACUAUUUUUUUUUUCUUUAGAGAUGGGCUAUUGUGUGGAUAUAAUAAAGGAGGUUAAUGUG